AUGGUUGUAAAUGAAAUCUCCCUACGAAUUCGAAGAGAAAUCAGGGAUGGGAAAUUCCAAGUUGCCACAACUAUAAUACUUUCUGUAUCAAUUACAUUCAUUGUCUUAGUUUUGGGCAUGAUCAUCAACGACCAUUUCAAAAGAUUCGUGCUCUACGAGGAUCUCUCCCUCUCCUCUCUCAACGCAUUCCCUCCCCUCAUUUUUCCUUCCUCGUCUCCACAAUGCACAUGCACGCAGCGAUGCAAUCUCUCGCGUACGCCUGAUACGCUUUCACACUUGAUGAGCGACGAGGAGCUCAUGUGGAGGGCCUCCAUGGAUCCUCAUAUCGUUGAACCGCCUUUCAAUCGCACUCCCAAAAUCGCGUUCAUGUUCCUCACUAGGGGGAGAUUGCCGUUGGCGCCGCUUUGGGAGAUGUUCUUCAAAGGAAAUGAAGGGCUCUUCUCAAUCUACCUCCAUACGUCGCCAGAGUUCAGCGACGAGCCCCCCGAGUCAUCAGUAUUCUACAAGCGUAAAAUACCUAGUAAGUUGGUAGAGUGGGGAAAAGCGAGUAUGAUAGAUGCGGAAAGGCGUCUUUUAGCCAACGCGCUUCUCGACUUCGCAAACGAAAGAUUCAUUCUACUAUCCGAAUCAUGCAUCCCUAUAUUCAACUUCUCCACCAUCUACAACUACCUCAUCAAUUCCAACCAAAGCUUCCUCAGCGCCUUCGACGACCCCCGCCGGAUCGGGCGGGGCCGGUACAACAAGCGGAUGGGGCCCACAAUCGAGUUACGCAAUUGGCGGAAGGGCUCCCAGUGGUUCGAAGCCAAUCGGAAGCUUGCACUAGCCAUAGUAUCGGAUGUCACGUACUAUCCUAUUUUUAGAGACUAUUGCGUGCCACCGUGCUACAUGGACGAGCACUAUUUUCCAACGUUGGUAACUAAAGUUUGUUCUAGUUUGACGUCGAAUCGGACCAUUACUUGGACUGAUUGGUCAGGGGGCGGUUCGCAUCCGGCUAUGUUUAGGGCAAAUGAUGUGAGUGAAGAGUUCCUGAACAUGGUUCGGUUCCGGUUCAAUUGCACCUACAAUGGUGAAUUUAGCUCGGUUUGCCACCUUUUUGCUAGAAAGUUUCAUCCUAAUACUUUGCAACCUUUACUUAGGAUUGCACCUAAAUUACUUGGAUUUAAUUCUUGA